AUGAACUUGCUGGAAUCAGCCUCCAAAAAGCGCCUGCUCAAUAAGGACAAUAACAUACUUGACAAAAACCUGCAAUUAUAUAACUGUCCAUACCAACCUUUGGAAGCUGAAUUCUCCAGAAUUACCCUUAAUAGCAAUGGCACCGAAACUGUUGAGUCCUUGCCUCCUCCAUUGGGCGCCACUGCUGAGCAACCCCUGCUCUUCGAUGGAACUACCAGGUUGUAUACUUCUUAUACUUGCCCUUUCGCACAGCGUGUUUGGAUCACCAGGAAUUAUAAGGGAUUGCAAGACAAGAUUAAAUGUCCUUUGGACCUUCCUAAUACUGCUUGGUACAAGGAAAAAGUUUACCCUGAAAACAAGGUGCCAUCCUUGGAACAUAAUGGCAAAGUCAUUGGGGAGAGUCUUGAUCUGAUUAAAUAUGUUGAUAGCAACUUUGAAGGACCUUCUCUUUCGCCUAAUGAUCCAGAGAAGAAUAAGUUCUUGGAGGAGUUGUUGUCAUAUGUUGACAAAUUUGUUGGAACGAUUUUUACUUCAUUUAAAGGAGACCCGUCAAAAGAAGCUGGUGCUGCUUUUGAUUACUUAGAAGAUGCUCUUAAAAAAUAUGAUGGCCCUUUCCUCCUUGGUCAGGACUUUAUUCUGGCUGAUAUUGCCUACAUUCCUUUUGUCGAAAGAUUCCAGAUCUUCUUAUCCGAGGUGUUCAAGUAUGACAUAACUUCUGGCCGGCCUAAACUGGCAGCAUGGAUUGAGGAGCUGAACAAGAUUGAUGCGUAUAAACAGACGAAGAUAACUGAUCCAAAGCAUUUAGCGAAUUUUACAAGCAGCGCUUCUUGGCUCAGAACUGAUGAAAUUGCUGACAUCUUAAGAUAUAGUAUGAAAAUAAGACUGGUGUUCCUUGAUGUGUUGUUUCCUUCAGUGAAGUCUUGGAUAUUAUGUGGUUCAGUGUGAAAGAUCUCUAGUAUGUACUAGUAUUUGCAUUUUACAUAUAUAAAUGGGCUUAAAGGCCCGCUUGCAUUUCCGAUCAA